CGCUGUUGGAUGCGGACUCUAUGAAAUAUAUCGAAGCAUUACAUAUUAUGAAUGAUCAAUCUACAUCCACAUAACUAUAUAUCAUUGGUAGUAACUAUGACGUUGAUGAUUUCGAGGUUAGGUUUAUCUAGUGUGAGCCAGAAAGUUUGCAUUGGUAGUUUAUCAAAAUUUACCAGUUUUCGUAGCCCUGUACGAAAUUUUGUAAACAUGUCUUAUUCUAUACUUGAAAGAGGUUCUCCUUAUUCUCCUGACUACAGAGUUUACAUUCAGGAUCAAAAUGGCCCAAUUUCCCCCCUUCAUGACAUUCCGUUGGUAGUUGAUUGUACCAAAAAAAUUUUCAACAUGGUGGUUGAGGUGCCAAGAUGGUCAAACGCUAAAAUGGAGAUAACAAUGAAAGAAAUUUUGAAUCCAAUCAAACAAGACAUAAAGAAAGGAAAACCAAGAUUCGUUGCCAACUGCUUUCCUCACCAUGGGUAUAUCUGGAAUUAUGGCGCCCUUCCUCAAACUUGGGAGAAUCCUGAACAUUUAGAUGAUGGUACUGGUUGUAAGGGAGACAACGAUCCAAUAGACGUUAUUGAAAUAGGUUACAGAGUAGCGAAGCGUGGAGAGAUAUUAAAAGUGAAAAUUUUAGGAACUAUUGCUUUGAUUGACGAAGGCGAGACUGAUUGGAAACUAAUUGCCAUUGAUGUAAAUGACCCAAUAGCAGACCAACUGAAUGAUGUAUCAGAUGUAGAUAAGCAUUUCCCAGGUUUACUGAAAGCAUCUGUGGAAUGGUUUAAAAUAUACAAAAUUCCUGAUGGGAAACCAGAAAAUCAAUUUGCAUUUAAUGGUGAAGCCAAACCCGCCGCUUUUGCCCAUAAAGUAAUAGAUGAGGUUCAUAAAUUUUGGAAAGCUUUGGUAGCAAAAGAAGUCGAUGCUAAAGGGAUUUCAUGCGUAAACACCAGUUUGGAUGGAAAUUCUUUUAAAAUUUCAUACAGUGAAGCCAAAGAAGUUGUUAACAAAACUCCAGAAUAUGGUCCUGCUCAUCCCAUUGAAUCUAUUGUUGAUAAAAAUUUCUUUCUCGAACAAUCACGCCUAUGCAAGCUUUAAUAGUAGUUGAUAAAUGGCACUACGUUCAUUUAAAAUAAAAUAGGUAUGCUUUAUCAUAUCCAGUGAUUUUGAAUUAAGGAUUAUAAGUUUAUCUUAACCGUUUUAUAUAUUUUAGUAAAGCACAAAUAUUAAAAAUGUCUUU